AUGGAGAACACUCUCAACAGCAGCGGCUCCAGGAGCAGCGGUCCGGGCACUGUGGGCCCCACCCCAGGGCCCCCCCACACAGUGCAGGAGGUGCUGGACGCACUGGUCAUGUUCACCUGCGUGGGCGGCAUCGUGGGCAACGGCCUGGUGGUCUGGCUGCUGGGCUCCCGGCGGCGGAGGGGCCCGCUGGGCAUCUACCUGCUCCACCUGGCCGUGGCCGACCUCCUCUUCCUCCUCUGCUUGGCCGCGCUGACCAUCCUGAGCGCCAGCUCCUGGGGGGCCCGCGUGCACCACCUGGGCCUCCGGGCGGUGAGGAGCGCUGGGUACCUGGCCUACACGGUGAGCCUGAGCCUGCUGACGGCCGCCAGUGCCCAGUCCUGCCUCCCCGGCCUCUUCCCCACCUGGUACCGGGGCCGCUGGCACCUGCGCCUGUCGACCGCGGUGUGCGCCGCACUCUGGCUGCUGGCUGUCCUGCUGAUCGUGCCAGCCUGGUACUUCCACGACGAGGCCAAGCGUCCCCACCCGUGGCCGGGAUCCAGGGCGGAGACCGUCUUGCACUUUGUCACCCUGGUCAGCUCCACGCCCGUCAUGGCCCUGUCCGGCAUGGCCCUCUGCAUCCAGGUGCAGAGGAGCUCGCGCCCGUGGCAGCGGCCGCUCACGCGGCUCUACCUGGCCGUCCUGCUCUGCGUCUUCGUGUUCCUCGCCUGCGCCCUGCCCCUCGGCAUCUCCUGGCUCCUGCUCUACUGGCUGGACCUGCCCCAGCACGCAAAGACUGUCUUCGGCCGCCUCACCUGCCUCUCUCUGUCCGUCAGCAGCAGCACCAAACCGAUGAUCUACUUCCUGGUGAGCAGCAGGGGCCACUUGAGCCUGCGGGAGCCCCUGGGAGCCAUGCUCAGCACGGUGCUGCAGGAGGAGCCCGAGCUGGAGGAGGGGGAGACGCCCUCCACCGACCCCAGCGAUGAGGGCAGACUCCCUAAGAGGAAGGCCUGA